UCUAUUUUUACUGCUUUACAUUUGUUGAGAGCUCAUCGUUGUUGGUUUCUUGUGAUUGGAUGAAGCAUUGAACAUGCGUGGAGUUCAUCGUACUUGGUUUCUUGAGAUUGGUUGAAGCAUUGAACGAGCGUGGAGCAGUUUCUCUCUCAUCUCUUUUUUGUGUUUCCACUUUGGGCUGCUUGUUUCUCUCACUUGAAAUGGACGUGGAGCAGUUUCUCUUUCAUCUCUCUUUUAUGUUUCAAUUUUUGGGCUUGUUGUUUCACUCACUAAAAUUGACGAGUCCUGUUUUGAUGGAAGAAAAGUUAGCUUUCUUGUUUCUCUCACUACAGGUGCUUAUUUCUCUCACUAAAAAUGGAAGAGUAGCUUUCAUGAGUUGCAGGGUUUGAUGCUAUUGGAUCUUGAAAACUACACUUUGCCCCACCAAAAACUACUAUAUUUGAAAACCAAAGGGGCAAUUUAUGGCCUAGUGGUCACCCGGAGGAUCCUGUCUAAGUUGAAUGUCUCUGGUUUUGGCUCAAGCUUCCUUUCCUCCAAACUCCUAAAGCUUUCUUUCUCUUCCUUUUUGACGCCAACUCAGGCAAAUAUAGAAACCACCAUUAACAAUCGGAAAAACGAGUGGGUCGCCAUAGAAAAGACCAGUAGAUAUAACUACCGCCGGAAAAUACAUUUGGAUGAUAGAAAUCAGAGGAAAAGGUGAACGUAUGGUGAUUGAAAUUUCCUUGAGUUUAAAGAGCAUAAGAAGAGGAUUGAAUAUCCGAUUUGCAAGGUCGGUGAUUGAAAGUACGGAAUGAUGAGUUCAACGGACGAAAUUGCAUAUCCGAUUUGCAAGGUCAGGGACAACCAUGUAGAGGAUGGAAAGGUAGUCAAUCCUCUCAUGUGUUUCUAAGAAAUUGCCUUUUUUCAAGAAGCAAGUAUGGCUGCUUAAGAAAAAGAAGUUUGAGGUGGCAUCCGUAGGAAAUAUGGAUAUACUUCUAUUCACGAUAAGGGGAAAAAGGUGGUCUCUAUUUUGGAUGGUAGCAAACAUUUUUUGGAUUCUAGUGAGGAUUCUCAAUUUGUUGAGGCUUAUGAUAAGGGGACGUGAUUCUUUGAAUGAAGAGAAGAUUGAGGAGCUCCUACAUGUGGAAGGAAGUAGGGAGCCUUGGAAUGGUCAUUGCUCAGGGACCAAAGAUGUGGAACGUUUAAGCAACAGUGCUAAUUUUGUGUUGGAGAAGGAGCCGCCUGCCUCUAAUGUUGUGAUUGCAGAUACUAUCUGCAAAAAUACCGCCUCAGUAAAGACGGUUUUAGAAAAGGAAGGCGGUGAAUUGUUGCAACCCAUUUGUUGGAGUAAGGAAAAGAUAUCAUCAAGAAUUUGGAAAAGUUGAUGAGGGACUUUUUGUGGGGAUCUGAUGAUGAAACGAAGAGAUAUCAUCUUGUUAGUUGGGAUAGAAUUUGUACACCCAAGGCUGAGGGGGGAUUGGGGAUUCGAAAAUUAAAGCUUGUCAAUCAAUCUCUAAUUGCAAAAUGGUGGUGGCGGUCUUUGAGUAGGGAUGGUAAUCUCUGGAUUGAUGUCUUGAAAGCCAAAUAUGGAGUUGAUCCAUGUUAUAAUAUGGUUGCAGUAGGUCAUGUUGGUAGAUAGUCAACCAUUUGGAGGACAGUAGUGUCUAUGCGAUCUUUUCCUUUGCCAUUUAAGAUGGACAGUGGGUAAAUGUGAUAUGGCUUUGUUUUGGCACUCGAAAUGGGCAUCUGACCUCCCAUUGAAAGCAUUUUUCCCUGAUAUUUAUCAUAGAAGGUUGCAACAGAUGGCUACCGUGCAUGAAGUAGGUAGUAGCAGUGGGCAGUCCACUGUAUGGAAUGUUACUUGCUUAUACAAUAGAUUACCUGUUGUUGCCUUUGAUCAAUAUUUGGAAUUGCAAAGUGUCUUGGGGAAUUUUUUUAUCUCAAGUUUUGAAGGGAUGCUGCCAUAUGGGAGUUGGAAUCUGAUGGUGCCUUCUUGGUAAGGUCAACGUAUGAUAUUUUGUUCCAUGAUCGUGUAAGAUGGAAUCAUCCUUUUUUAAAAGAUAUAUGGAGUUGGAAAAUCCCUCAUAAAGUGCAAGCUUUUGUUUGGAUUUUAGCACAAAGUAAAUGCUUAACAGGGGACAAGUUGCAAAAACGAGGUAAGAUCAUGGUUAAUGUUUGUCUUGUUUGAAAAAGUAAUGAGGAAACGUAUGAUGACUUGUUUUUACUUUGUCCUGUUACUUCUGCACUUUGGUAUUGGGUUUUGCAAAAAGUUGGGUUUUCUAUGAAUCUCCUUUUAUCUUUUUGGCAUAUUGUGAAUCAAUUGAAAAUUGUUGGAGUUCCAAAGGUUGGGGGAAUUCUUUGGAAUAUGUUUUGUGGUUCAUUGUUAUGGGAAGUAUGGCUUGAAAGAAAUAGGAUGACCUUUGAAGGCGUGGCAGUGGCUUUGGCAACCUUAAAGAAUAAGAUCUUACUCAAUACAUGGAAUGGUUUAGAAUUACUAAAGAAGGUUGGGGGACUUCAAGAAUGGAUGUAGAUGAGAAUCUUGAUCAACUAAUCUCGUUAAGAUUUAUUAAGGUGAAGCCAAGAAGCAGCUGGCAGCCUCCUUUGAGUGGUUGCUUUAAAUUGAAU